AUGUCUGGCAGCGGGGCAAGAGAGGCGGUCUUCGCGACACGGCAGUCGCUGGGUCUGAUGAAGAGCAAGCUCAAGGGCGCCCAGAUCGGUCACGACUUGCUGAAGCGAAAGAGUGAAGCCCUAACCAAGCGUUUCCGAGAAAUAACGCGCCGUAUCGAUGAGGCGAAGCGCAAGAUGGGCCGGGUCAUGCAGGUUGCUGCAUUCUCCCUCGCCGAAGUUACCUACGCCGUCGGCGGCGACAUAGGCUACCAGAUCCAAGAAUCCGCAAAGCAAGCACGGUUCCGCGUACGAACGAAACAAGAGAACGUCUCCGGUGUCUUCCUCCCUCAAUUCGAGAGCUUCACCGUCGAGCAGAACAACGACUUCGCCUUGACAGGUCUGGGCAAGGGUGGUCAGCAAGUACAAAGAUGUAGAGAGACGUAUGCAAGAGCUGUGGAGACGUUGGUAGAGCUGGCUAGUCUACAGACUGCCUUUGUUAUAUUGGACGAGGUUAUCAAGGUGGUCAACCGCCGUGUAAACGCCAUCGAGCACGUCAUUAUCCCCCGAACCGAGAACACCAUCAAGUACAUCAACUCUGAGCUCGACGAGCUAGACCGAGAGGAAUUCUACCGCCUGAAGAAAGUAUCCAACAAGAAGCAGAAAGACGCUGCCGAAGAAGAAGCCGCAAGGGUAGCGGCAAAGAAGAAGAACGAGGAGGAGACUGAGAGCGAGGCGAGACAAGAUGCUGCCGAGAGCAAGGAUAUGCUCGGCGACGAGGACAACGAGGACGUCAUCUUUUGA